AUGCCAGAGACGUAUUCCCCCAUUCUUUUGGCGAAAAAGGCCAAGAAUAUAAGGGAAACCACCGGAGAUAUCAAAUUCUAUGCACCUCAUGAGAAGGCGGAUUGUAGCCUCAGAGGAAUUCUUCGAAGAACAAUAUUACGCCCAGUUGAGAUGAUGUUGACUGAGCCUAUCCUGUCCCUUAUUGUGAUAUACCUUUCUAUUAUUUGCGGGAUGCUGUACAGUCUGUUGGAGACGUUUCCUAUCAUCUGGCAAGACAUAAGGGGAUUCAAAUCACAUGAAACCAGUAUGAUAUUCCUGGGUCUUGGCUUCGGAGCCGUCUUGGGAGGAUUCCUCCAAUUAUAUUUUGCACGCCCAAUGAAGAACUUAAUGCCCAAGUGGAAUGGACAUCCUCCGUGUGAAAUGAAUCUCUAUGGGGCCAUGUUUGCAGGUCCAUUUUUUGUCGGCGGGAUACUUUGGCUAGGAUGGACUGGAGCCUAUGCCCUCAUUCCCUGGUGGGUGCCUGCAUUAUCAACAGUUAUGCUGGGAAUGUCCUAUGCGGCCUCAGCGCUUGCUGCUUCUAUGAUCUAUUGUUGGAGCUGUAGUUCCACUUUUCACACGACAGAUGUAUAUUGGACUGGGGACACAAUGGGCCUGCACACUUGUAAUGUUUUUCUUUCUUUCUUUUUCUUUUACAUGCCAAUAAUUGGGUGA